ACCCCACCUGCCCUGGCCGCUCUGCUCCUGCCUCCCGCUGCCCCUCAGGCCUGCUCAGGAGACAUGGGGCACCGGGCCUGGGUCCCCAGCCCCUGCCCCCCACUGGGGCUGGUCCCCUUCCUCCUCCUCCUCCUCCUCCUCCUGCUGUUGCUGCCGUGCGGGUUCCAGCUCCAGCCUGGCGGGAACCACACGGACUCCCCAGAACCUAAUGCCACAGCGAACUCUGAGAUUCCUACUAUCCUGGUGACCUCUGUAACCCCUGAGAUCCCAGCAAUGAGUGCUCCAGAGGCAGAGGGACCCCAAGGUGGGGCGUUCCUGCCCCGGCACAGGGCAGUCCCCUCGAGCAGCCCCCAGGCCCAAGCACUCACGGAGGACGGGCAGCCCUGCAGGUUCCCCUUCCGCUAUGGGGGCCGCAUGCUCCAUGCCUGCACCUCGGAAGGCAGCGCUCACAGGAAGUGGUGUGCCACAACUCACAACUACGACCGGGACAGGGCCUGGGGCUACUGCGUGGAGGCCACCCCGCCUCCGGGGGGCCCAGCUGGCCCAGAACCCUGUGCCUCCAGCCCCUGCCUCAAUGGGGGCUCUUGCUCCAACACCCAGGACCCCCUGUCCCACCACUGCAGCUGCCCCCCGGCCUUCACCGGCAAGGACUGUGGCACGGAGAAAUGCUUCGAUGAGACCCGCUAUGAAUACCUGGAGCAGGGCGACCGCUGGGCCCGCGUGCACCGGGGCCGCGUGGAAGGGUGCCAGUGCCUGGAGGGUCAGGCCUUGUGUGAAGGCACCCGACACACAGCUUGUCUGAGCGACCCGUGCCUGAAUGGGGGCACCUGCCACCUGGUCGUGGCCACCGGGACCACCGUGUGUGCCUGCCCGACGGGCUACGCCGGGCGUCUGUGCAACAUCGUGCCUGGCGAGCGCUGCUUCCUGGGGAAUGGCACGGGGUACCGUGGCGUGGCCAACACCUCGGCCUCGGGCCUCAGCUGCCUGGCCUGGAACUCCGACCUGCUCUACCAGGAGCUGCACGUGGACUCAGUGGGCACCGCGGCCCUGCUGGGCCUGGGCCCCCACGCCUACUGCCGGAAUCCGGACAGUGACGAGAGGCCCUGGUGCUACGUGGUGAAGGACAGCGCGCUCUCCUGGGAGUACUGCCGCCUGGCGGCCUGCGAAUCCCUCACCAGAGCCCAGCCCCCACUCCCGGAUCUCCUCGUGCUGCCCGAGCCAGCCUCCGCCGGACGCCAGGCCUGCGGCAAGAGGCACAAGAAGAGGACGUUCCUGCGGCCGCGCAUCAUCGGCGGCUCCUCCUCGCUGCCCGGCUCGCACCCCUGGCUGGCCGCCAUCUACAUCGGGGACAGCUUCUGCGCCGGCAGCCUGGUCCACACCUGCUGGGUGGUGUCAGCCGCCCACUGCUUCUCCCACAGCCCCCCCAGGGACAGUGUCUCAGUGGUGCUGGGCCAGCACUUCUUCAAUCGCACGACGGACGUGACGCAGACCUUCGGCAUUGAGAAGUACAUCCCCUACACCCUGUACUCUGUGUUCAACCCCAGCGAGCACGACCUUGUCCUGAUCCGGCUGAAGAAGAAAGGGGACCGCUGUGCCACGCGCUCGCAGUUCGUGCAGCCCAUCUGCCUGCCCGAACCCGGCAGCACCUUCCCUGCUGGGCACAAGUGCCAGAUCGCGGGCUGGGGCCACUUGAGCGAGGACGUGAGCGGCUACUCUAGCUCCCUGCGGGAGGCCCUGGUCCCCCUGGUCGCCGACCACAAGUGCAGCAGCCCCGAGGUCUAUGGUGCCGACAUCAGCCCCAACAUGCUCUGUGCCGGCUACUUUGACUGCAAGUCCGACGCCUGCCAGGGCGACUCGGGAGGGCCCCUGGCCUGCGAGAAGAACGGCGUAGCCUACCUCCAUGGCAUCAUCAGCUGGGGCGAUGGCUGCGGGCGGCUGCACAAGCCGGGGGUCUACACCCGUGUGGCCAACUACGUGGACUGGAUCAACGACCGGAUCCGGCCUCCCAGGCGGCCCUCGUCUCCCUCCUGAGGCUGCGUGACACCCUGGUUCUCACCGUUCCCUGCCUUGCUGACAAUAAAGAUACGGCCAAGAA